UUCUGGCGGUACCCAUUCACUGCAGAGGAUCUAUUGGUGAGAAAGUGAUGCAAUGCUGAAUUACUCCAAAUCUCUAAAGUCACUUUGGAUGGCUAGUGGAUCAAAGGGACGGGCUGUAUUGCCACUUUCGGUUUGAGCAGCUGUAGCUGCAGACAUUUCCAUCUCAAAGGCUUACUCGAUGCUCUCUUCCACUCCACACAAACGCACACAGGUGGAGAGUAAGGCACACCGCAAAAUGUCAGACAAAAUGUCCAGUUUCCUCCACAUCGGGGACAUCUGCUCCCUGUAUGCGGAGGGAUCCACCAAUGGAUUUAUCAGCACUUUAGGUCUGGUGGACGACCGCUGCGUGGUGCAACCAGAAUCUGGGGACCUAAACAACCCUCCUAAGAAAUUUCGAGACUGUCUGUUCAAGCUGUGUCCAAUGAACAGGUACUCAGCCCAGAAACAGUUCUGGAAAGCAGCAAAACCUGGUGGAAACAGCACCACAGACACUGUACUACUCAACAAAUUGCAUCACGCUGCUGAUUUAGAGAAGAAACAGAAUGAAUCAGAAAACCGGAAGCUGCUGGGAACGGUGAUACAGUAUGGAAAUGUUAUUCAGCUGUUGCAUUUAAAAAGCAAUAAGUACCUUACUGUGAAUAAACGGCUGCCUGCUUUGCUGGAGAAGAACGCCAUGCGUGUGACGCUGGACUCUGCUGGAAAUGAAGGCUCCUGGUUUUACAUCCAGCCCUUUUACAAACUCCGCUCCAUAGGAGACAGUGUUGUGAUUGGGGAUAAAGUAGUUUUGAAUCCCGUAAACGCAGGACAGCCUCUACAUGCCAGCAGCCAUCAGCUGGUGGACAAUCCUGGCUGCAAUGAGGUGAACUCAGUGAACUGCAACACUAGCUGGAAGAUUGUUUUAUUUAUGAAAUGGAGUGACAACAAGGAAAUCAUUCUUAAAGGGGGUGAUGUGGUUCGACUGUUUCAUGCCGAGCAAGAGAAGUUUCUCACUUGCGAUGAACACAGGAAGAAGCAAUACGUGUUCCUGCGAACCACCGGCCGCCAGUCCGCCACCUCUGCUACCAGCAGCAAAGCACUGUGGGAAGUGGAGGUGGUUCACCAUGACCCGUGUCGCGGUGGCGCUGGUUACUGGAAUAGUCUUUUCAGGUUUAAACACCUGGCCACAGGACACUACCUGGCAGCAGAGGUGAGUGAGGUGUGUUCUACUAGCUCGGGACCCUCCCUCAGCUGUUCCCAGAUCAGCACUAACCUCUCUCACUGGCUGGACUCGGAGCUUGAAGCUCUGCGAGCACGUCUGCGAACACCCAACGAGAAGGUCCUGUACACCCUUGUGUCCGUCCCUGAUGGCAAUGACAUCUCCUCCAUAUUUGAGCUGGAUCCCACCACCCUCAGAGGAGGAGACUCCCUCGUCCCCAGGAGCUCGUAUGUGAGACUGAGGCACUUGUGCACCAAUACAUGGGUCCACAGCACCAACAACCCCAUAGACAAAGAGGAGGAGAAGCCAGUUAUGUUACGGAUUGGCACAUCUCCGAUCAAAGAAGAUAAAGAGGCCUUCGCCAUUGUGCCAGUCCCUCCUGCGGAGGUGAGGGACCUAGACUUUGCCAACGAUGCCAGUAAAGUGUUGGCAUCCAUCGCUGGCAAGCUAGAGAAGGGCACCAUCACCCAGAAUGAAAGAAGGUUUGUCACUAAGCUUCUUGAGGACCUUGUGUUUUUCGUGGUGGACAUUCCCAACAAUGGCCAGGAUGUUUUGGAGAUCAUGGUCAAUAAACCCAACCGUGAACGGCAGAAACUCAUGAGAGAGCAAAAUAUCUUAAAACAGAUCUUUAAGCUGCUUCAGGCCCCAUUCACAGACAGCGGUGAUGGUCCCAUGUUGCGUCUGGAGGAGCUGGGUGACCAGAGACACGCGCCCUUCAGGCACAUCUGCAGACUAUGCUACCGUGUGCUGCGACAUUCACAGCAGGACUACAGGAAGAACCAGGUGGGUCUGCAGGAGCACCAGCCGACAUGGGAGCAUCUCUGGUUCAACCUUAAACCUCACAGACCUCAUACAAUCAUUUAUAUGAUAUUUAACGAACAUUUCAAUAUUAUGCUGGUGUUGUCUCGGUUUGAGGUGGAGUCUGGAGAGGGUCCAGUGGAGUCAGAGGAGGAUGAGGAGGAGGUGUGGUUGUUUUGGAAGGACAGCGGUAAGGAGAUCAAGAGUAAGAGUAUCAGAGAGCUGGCACAGGAUGCUAAAGAAGGCCAGAAAGAUGACCAGGAUGUCAUUAGCUACUACAGAUACCAGCUGAACCUGUUUGCACGUAUGUGUUUGGACCGCCAGUACUUGGCCAUAGAGAAGAUAUCAGGCCAGCUGGAUGUAGACCUGAUCCUGCGCUGCAUGUCGGAUGAAGACCUACCCUACGACCUCCGUGCCUCGUUCUGCCGGCUGAUGCUUCACAUGCAUGUAGACCGUGACCCGCAGGAACAAGUGAUGCCUGUGAAGUACGCCAGGCUGUGGUCCGAGAUCCCGUCCAAAAUCGCCAUAGAUGAUUAUGAUAAUGAUGGAACCAGUAGAGAUGAGAUAAAGGAGCGCUUUGCCCUCACUAUGGACUUUGUGGAGAACUACCUCAGAGAUGUGGUCUGUCAGAAUAUUCCUUUCUCUGAUAAGGAGAAAAACAAACUGACUUUUGAGGUUGUGAACUUGGCAAGAAACCUGAUUUACUUUGGCUUUUACAACUUCAGCGACUUGUUGCGUUUGACUAAGAUCUUGUUGGCCAUUUUGGACUGUGUUCAUGUCAGCACCAUCUAUCCCGUCAACAAAAUGGAAAAAGGAGAUGAGUCCAAAAGUAGCAAUGUAAUGAGAUCCAUCCAUGGCGUUGGGGAGCUGAUGACCCAGGUGGUCCUAAGAGGAGGCGGAUUCUUACCCACAACCCCCACAACACCCCCUGAUGGUGAUGUGGUGAAGACCCAGACAGAACCAGAGAAGGAAGACAUUCUGGUAAUGGACACCAAACUGAAGAUCAUAGAAAUCCUACAGUUUAUACUGAAUGUACGACUGGACUACAGGAUCUCCUGCUUGCUCUGCAUCUUCAAACGUGAGUUUGACGAGAGCAACACACAAGUGGAUGCAGUGCCAGCUGCGAAUGCAGAUGGGCCCAACUGUAUCCCAGCUCUGGACUUUGAGAACAUUGAAGAACAAGCAGAAGGAAUUUUUGGUGGAAGUGAGGAGAACACACCUCUGGAUCUUGAUGACCAUGGUGGAAGAACAUUUUUGAGGGUUCUGCUGCACCUCACUAUGCACGACUAUCCACCGCUUGUGUCUGGAGCCCUACAUUUGCUCUUCAGACACUUCAGCCAGAGACAAGAAGUGCUCAUGGCUUUCAAACAGGUUCAGCUUCUAGUGACCAGUCAGGAUGUUGACAACUACAAGCAGAUCAAAUCAGACCUUGACCAGCUGCGAUCUAAUGUGGAAAAAUCUGAGCUCUGGGUGUACAAGCGACAGGGGGAUGAAGGCAUGGAUGCAGGAGACGGACUCCCAGCAGAGUCUGACCACAAAAAGAAGAGGGACUCUGGUUCGGGCAAAAAAAAGACAGAUGGAAGUGGCAGUGACAAUUACGGAGAUGUGAAGGAGAUUCUGCUGCGUCUCAGCAAACUUUGUGUACAGGAAGGACCAUCAGGGAAGAAGAGUAAGAAACAGCAGCAGAGGUUGUUGAGGAACAUGGGAGCUCAUUCAGUGGUGCUUGAGCUGCUGCAGAUCCCUUAUGAGAAGGGUGAGGACGUUCGAAUGCAAGAAAUUAUGAAACUGGCUCACGAGUUUCUUCAGAACUUCUGUGCAGGCAACCAGCAGAACCAGGCUCUGCUCCACAAACACAUCAACCUGUUCCUCAACCCUGGGAUCCUGGAGGCCAUCACCAUGCAGCACAUCUUCAUGAACAACUUCCAGCUUUGCAGUGAGAUGAACGAGCGCGUCGUGCAGCACUUCGUCCACUGCAUCGAGACCCACGGCAGACACGUGCAGUACCUGAAGUUCCUGCAGACCAUCGUCAAGGCCGAGAACAAAUUUAUCAAAAAAUGCCAGGAUAUCGUAAUGGCUGAGUUGGUGAACUCUGGAGAGGAUGUGCUGGUCUUUUAUAAUGACCGGGCCUCCUUCCAGACUCUGGUCCAGAUGAUGCGUUCGGAGCGUGACCGGAUGGAUGAAAACAGCCCUCUCAUGUACCACAUCCACCUGGUGGAGCUGCUGGCCGUCUGCACGGAGGGCAAAAAUGUCUACACCGAGAUCAAGUGCAACUCCUUGCUGCCGUUGGACGAUAUUGUCCGUGUGGUUACACACAAAGACUGCAUCCCUGAGGUCAAAAUUGCAUAUAUCAACUUCCUGAACCAUUGCUACGUGGACACAGAGGUCGAAAUGAAGGAGAUCUACACAAGCAACCACAUGUGGAAGCUCUUUGAGAACUUUCUGGUCGACAUAUGCAGGGUCUGCAACAAUACAAGUGACCGCAAACAUGCUGACACGACGUUAGAAAGCUACGUGACAGAAACCGUGAUGAGUAUUGUGACGACAUUUUUCAGCUCCCCUUUCUCCGACCAAAGCACUAGUUUACAGGUGGCACAUCAAAUGCAUGCCUCCAUUUUAGGCAAAAUAACUGAGACCCGGCAGCCUGUGUUUGUGCAGCUCCUGCAGGGGGUUUUCAGAGUUUACCACUGUAACUGGCUCGUUCCUGCCCAGAAAGCCUCAGUGGAGAGCUGUAUUAAGGUUCUGUCUGAUGUGGCCAAGAGCAGAGCGAUCGCCAUCCCUGUGGAUUUGGACAGCCAGGUGAACAACCUGUUUGUGAAGUCCAACAAUGUGGUACAGAAAACCAUCCUCAAUUGGAGGAUGUCAGCUCGCAACGCGUCCAGAAGAGACUCAACGCUCACCACUUCCAAAGAUUACAGGAACAUCAUUGAGAGGCUGCAGGACAUCGUGUCUGCUCUGGAGGAUCGUCUGCGGCCGCUGGUUCAAGCUGAGCUCUCGGUGUUGGUGGACGUACUGCAUCGCCCAGAGCUGCUCUUCCCCGAAAACACAGAUGCUCGACGGAAAUGCGAGAGCGGAGGCUUCAUUUCUAAAUUAAUCAAACACACUAAACAGCUUUUAGAGGAGAACGAGGAGCGUUUGUGUAUAAAAGUUCUGCAGACACUUCGAGAAAUGAUGACGAAGGACCGCGGCUAUGGGGAGAAGCUAAUUGCCUUUGAUGAUGAGCUGGAUGUGGCUGAGGGGGAGCUGUGGACACAUCCGUCCCUGCAGCACGCCGCUGUCCCAGUUUCCUCGCCUUCGUGCAGCACGAUUCCUGGACUCCUGCCAGCUCGCAACCAGAGCUUGCACCCCCACCAGAACCAGAGGUCCCAGCAGAGGUGUGUCCAACACAUAUUCACCCUCCCAGCCAACCUUGGGCUGGGAUGUGGGAAUAUGGGUUGUUGCAGUCACGCCUGUCUGCUCCCAAACACACUGACUAAUGUUCUCAGUCUUGACCCCUUUCUUUUUUUAUGCUUCUCAUUUUUCUUCCCUCCUUUUUGCUUUCUGCUAACUCACGUCACUCAGGAGUUUGAUCCAAACCAGCCCCAGAAGCAACUGGAGGAUCAGAGAAGGAGUGAAGAUUUGAGGCAAGUCCUGGUGAACCGUUACUAUGGCAACUUCAAGCCGGGAGGCAGGCGAGACAGUUUGACCAAUUUCAGCAACGGGCCGCUCACCCCCGGCGGGCAGUCCAAGACUCCUACAGGAGGUGGUGGAGGUUCAGUGGGCAGUCGAGGGGAGAUUAGCCUGGCAGAAGUGCAGUGUCAUCUGGACAGAGAAGGUGCGUCUGACCUGGUCAUUGACCUCAUCAUGAACGCCACGAGUGACCGAAUCUUCCAGGAAAGCAUCCUGCUGGCCAUCGCUCUGCUGGAGGGAGGGAACCCUGUCAUACAGCGGUCAUUUUUCUGCCGUCUGACAGGCGACAGUAAGUCAGAGAAGUUCUUCAAAGUGUUUUACGAGCGGAUGAAGCUGGCCCAGCAAGAGAUCAAGGCAACUGUGACGGUGAACACCAGCGAUCUGGGCAGCAAGCGCAAAGACGAGGACGCCAACGACAAGGACAACCAAACACGCAAGAAAGUCAAGGAGGUGGCUGUAGUGACCGAAGAAAUGCGAGAGCAGCUUCUUGAAGCAUCUACGGCCACAAAGAAGGCCUUCACCGCUUACCGAAGGGAGGCGGACGCCGACGAGCAUCAGAAUGUGGCGGAGGGGCAGAGCAGCACAGGCGAGAAGAACCAGGAUGACAACGAGAUGAGCGUCAUCAUAACCAUCAUGCAGCCAAUCCUGCGCCUCCUGCAGCUGCUUUGUGAAAACCACAACCGUGAACUGCAGAACUUCCUUCGCUGUCAGAACAACAAAAACAACUACAACCUGGUGUGUGAGACGCUGCAGUUCCUGGAUUGUAUAUGUGGCAGCACUACAGGAGGUCUGGGGCUGCUGGGGCUUUAUAUUAACGAGAAGAACGUCGCUCUCAUAAACCAGACUGUGGAGAGCCUGACAGAGUACUGCCAAGGGCCUUGCCAUGAAAACCAGAACUGCAUUGCCACGCAUGAAUGUAACGGCAUUGACAUCAUCAUCGCUCUCAUCCUCAAUGACAUCAACCCUCUGGGAAAGAAGAGGAUGGACUUGGUCCUGGAGCUCAAGAAUAACGCCUCAAAACUGCUGCUUGCCAUCAUGGAAAGCCGCCACGACAGUGAGAAUGCGGAGAGAAUCCUGUAUAACAUGAGGCCUAAAGAACUGGUGGAGGUGAUCAAAAAGGCCUACAUGCAGGGAGAGAUUGAAGUAGAACACAACGAGGAUGAUGAGAAUGGCGAGGAAGAGCACGCCGCUUCUCCACUAAAUGUGGGUCACAACAUCUACAUCCUGGCCCAUCAGGUGACGCACACAAAUAUGCACUUACACAUCGUCCGCCUGGAUCGCACAAUGGAGCAGAUCGUUUUUCCCGUCCCCAACAUAUGCGAGUUCCUAACCCAGGAGUCCAAGCUCCGUGUCUAUUACACCACAGAGCGCGAUGAGCAGGGCAGCAAGAUCAACGACUUCUUCUUACGCUCUGAAGACCUCUUCAAUGAAAUGAACUGGCAGAAGAAGCUGCGAGCUCAGCCCAUCCUGUACUGGUGUUCCCGUAACAUGUCCUUUUGGAGCAGCAUCUCCUUUAAUCUUGCCGUCCUCAUGAACCUGUUGGUAGCAUUCUUCUAUCCACUGGAAGGAGUGCGCGGAGGCACCCUGGAGCCACACCUCUCUGCACUGCUUUGGGCGGCAAUGUUGGUUUCACUGGCCAUAGUUAUAGUGCUACCCCAACCUCAUGGGAUUCGGGCGCUCAUCGCUUCCACCAUAUUACGCCUCAUAUUUUCGGUCGGCCUGGAGCCCACACUGUUUCUUCUCGGGGCCUUCAAUGUGUGCAAUAAAGUGAUUUUUCUAAUGAGUUUCGUGGGAAAUCGCGGUACGUUCACGAGAGGAUACAAGGCCAUGAUCAUGGAUGUGGAGUUCCUGUAUCAUCUGCUUUACCUCAUUAUAUGCAGCCUUGGAGUCUUUGUUCAUGUCUUCUUCUACAGCUUGCUUCUCUUUGACCUGAUCUACCGAGAGGAGACGCUGUUAAACGUCAUCAAGAGCGUAACCAGGAAUGGCCGCUCGAUCGUUUUGACCGCCGUGCUGGCUCUCAUCCUGGUCUACCUCUUCUCCAUAGUUGGAUACAUCAUCUUCAAGGAUGACUUCAUCCUGACCGUGGACAGGAUAUCCAAUAAAACUCUUGAGCAAUCCGCCAGUAAGAUGGGAGAGUUCCUGGCAGGCGCGGUGUGUCGGAAAGAAGAGAACUGUUCCACGGAGACCAUGAUGGAUGCUGUAGGAGUACAGUCGACCGCUGUUGUGAUUGAGGAUAAGGAGAGGACGUGCGACUCGCUACUCAUGUGUAUCGUCACUGUCUUGAGCCACGGUCUGAGGAGCGGCGGUGGGGUUGGAGAUGUUUUGCGGAAACCUUCUAAAGAGGAGCCUCUAUUUGCAGCACGUGUGAUCUACGACCUCCUCUUCUUCUUCAUGGUGAUCAUCAUCGUCCUCAACCUCAUUUUUGGAGUCAUCAUUGACACCUUUGCUGACCUCAGAAGUGAAAAGCAGAAGAAAGAGGAGGUUCUGAAAACGACUUGCUUUAUUUGUGGUUUGGAGAGGGACAAGUUUGACAACAAAACAGUGACGUUUGAGGAGCACAUUAAGGUGGAGCACAACAUGUGGCAUUAUCUCUUCUUCAUCGUGCUGGUGAAAGUGAAAGACUCCACGGAGUUCACAGGGCCAGAGAGCUAUGUGGCCGAAAUGAUCCGGGAACUCAACUUGGACUGGUUUCCACGCAUGCGGGCCAUGUCGCUGGUUAGCAGCGAUGCCGAGGGCGAACAGAACGAGAUCAGGAAUCUUCAGGAGAAACUUGAAUCCACCAUGAAGCUGGUCUCGAACCUGUCAGGCCAACUGACUGAACUGAAAGAGCAGAUGACAGAGCAGAGGAAACAGAAACAGAGGAUCGGGCUAUUGGGACACCCCCAACACAUGAACGUGAACCCCCAGCAGCCCGCCUGAACCCCCAUUCCAC